CGAGUACCAGCCGCUUCCCGACACCGUUCCCGUAUUACCAGGUUGACUAGUUCAUCAAAAUGUUCUCUGACGGAAAAUACGUACGAGCCCCUUCGAACGAUUCAGAAGGAUCAACUAAUGAGAGCCUCGAAAACUUGGCCGAAGGAAGCAUUUCACUCAGCUACUCCAGUAUGGAAGCUUCACCGUCUCCUGAAGCCAGUCCGAAAAAGGGAGGAGAAACGAUGUCCAACGAAACGUCCCGCAAUUUUGAUUUCCAUCAAAAAUUGGACCGCUUUGGAGAAGAGUUGAACAGGUUGGAGAGAGCUUUCAACUCGAUACAACAAUACCCUACUCGCACAGCUCCCAACGAUGUAGACCGCAGUUGGAACAUAGCGAACAACUCAACGAAAAGCACCAACAUCAUCCGUUGGGAGAGCAUUCAACCGUUCCCGAAUGAUGUGCCUGCCAGCAAGAUGUGGGAACAGUGGAUUCGUUUCAUUGACCGGUUCGAGAUUGCAGCCUCUCUGUACAAUGCCAACGAUACAAUUCAGCGAUCCCAACUGCUUUUCCUCGCUAUGGGGGAGAAGCUUCAGGGAAUAGUUAGAGCUGCCAGACUCCGCCCGAAUCUCCAAGAACCAAAUUGCUACAGUAUCUUCAUUAAAAACAUCGAAGAUUACCUGCGCUCAAUGAUCGACAUCACGGCAGAGCAUGAGUCCUUUUCUAACAUGAAGCAGGAACAAGAUGAGCCAACAAUGGCUUUCCACGCUCGCCUGAUGGAAAAAGUACGCCUUUGUGGGUACAGUUGCAGCGACCAGGACCGAUUCGUGAGAACCCAACUUUUAAAAGGAAUGCGUAGCAGAACACUGGCAAAAGAAUCGAGAAUACAUGAAUACAACGCUACCAAGAUUGUACAGUUAGCCACUCGCGAGGAAGCAUUGCCUUCCGAAGGGACCCACACCGAAACGCAACAAGCUUUCGCUGUGGAUAACAGGAAACAACGGAUGCCCGAAACACUUCCAUCUACGGGGCGCUAUGAAACGCAGCUAUAA